AUACCUCUUUGCUUGGUUAUUUCACUCGCAUCAUAUACAAAGAUUUUUCGCACUCUCAGAUAUCAUCAGGUUCAGGCAGAAGAUCCCGUUCAACAACAGCCGAGCCAAUUAAAUUUACUGAACAUAGCUCAAUACAGAAAAGCAGUGUAUGGUGCACUGUGGGUGAAGUUAGCAUUAGUUGUUUGUUUUGCACCAUUAUUUAUCGUGGUAACCGUGAUUGCACACAGUAAAACACAUUCAUCGCAUUUGGUCAUCCUAAGGGGAAUAACCGUUGUCUUGGUAUACUUUAACUCGACGUUAAACCCGUUUCUUUACUGCUGGAAGAUAAGUGAAGUAAGACAAGCAGUAAAGCAGACAAUCAGACAAGCACUUUGCUGUCCAAGGAGUUAG